AUGUCUUUCUUUGGAGGCAACGGAUUCACCGGCGGCCAGGCAGCUUCUUCCACUGAGGCUCAGCCAAACGCGCAAGGCGCUGGCCUCAACUUGCCACUCGACACGGCCGUGGUUUCCCAACGCUCCAACAUAUUCCAAAUCGAAGACUACGACCAUCCUGGGACGACACACACUUUCAACACUCGCGAGGAUUUCCAGAAGUGGAUGAGCAGCGACCCUGAGGCCGCGUGGCGAUCCAUCCGUUACAAGAUCCGCCGUGCUGAGGCCAUGCACACCAUCGCGGAGAAGACCACCGAGAUCAUUCAAUGCGAGCAUCAAUUGCACCAGAUGAAGGGAGAAGUUGAGCGCAUCCGCAAAGACCUGGACGCUCUUAAUGAUGAUCGCACGGGAAAGCUUGGCGAUUCAGAUCACGGCGCUCUCCGAAGCGAAACCUUAGAGCCCCCCAUCUCGCAGCCCGUCGCAAGCCACCAAGCGUUUGGCCCAAGCGUUCUAGGCAAGAGACAUGAUCACGAAUUCUCCGUUGCCCCACUUUCCAAUGAAAUGAGCUCCUCGUCCAAGAAGAAUCGUAUGUCCGGCAAGAUGUCGCCCUCUGGCAGUGCACGCGUUCGGGCGUACAAGCGAGCGCUCGCCGAUUUGGCUUUGGAUUAG